CAUCCGGAAGUGUGUGUGUGCAGCAGUCUGCAGCUACCGGUCUCUAUCUCACACACACACACACACACACACGAGCUUUUAGGGGUUAGUCACACAUCUGGCCACCAGUUAAACUUAUUUCAGCCUUCAUCAUGUCCGUUUUGUGUUACAAUAAGGGAUGUGGACAGCGAUUUGAUCCAGAACAGAACCCAGACGAUGGCUGCACCUAUCAUCCAGGAGUCCCAGUAUUCCACGAUGCAUUGAAGGGAUGGUCCUGCUGCAAGAGAAGAACUACAGACUUCUCCGACUUCCUCAGCAUUGUUGGCUGCACUAACGGUCCCCACAACAAGGAGAAGCCCCCUGAGCCGGUGAAACCAGAUGUGACAUCAUCGGUAGAAAACAAAGACGCAGACGACCAAAAACCAAAGUUUAACGAGUACAUCAUCUCGGCACCGAAGCCUCAGGAGGCGAUACGCAGACCGAGUGCUGAUGAGCCGAUGGUGAGAGUGCAGCAUAAAGUCUCUACUUCUCUGAAGCAGGCUCUGGAGAGACUGAAGCUUUCCGAAAAUCCGGCAGAGAAGAAAGAGGAAGAUACUGACGAGAUCAAGAUGGGAACAUCCUGUAAAAACGGAGGAUGUACUAAAAGUUUUGAUGGACCUGCAAGCGAUUCGGACGUGUGCUUGUACCACUCUGGAUUCCCUAUCUUCCAUGAAGGGAUGAAAUACUGGAGCUGCUGUAAGAGGAAAACCUGCGACUUUAACACCUUCCUCUCUCAAGAGGGCUGUACCAACGGAACACAUCUAUGGAGGAAAAAAGAUACAGGUAAGAAAGUGGUUCCAUGUCGGUUCGACUGGCACCAGACGGGGGCGCAGGUCAUCAUCUCUAUCUACGCCAAGAACGCCGUCCCAGAGCUCUGCUACGUGGAGGCAAACAGCACGACGCUCGACAUCCGUGUUAUAUUUGAGGGAGAGAAGGAAUUUGCGCAAAAAAUCAGCUUGUGGGGAGUGAUCGAUGUGAGUAAAAGCAUAAUAAACAUGAUGGCCGCCAAGAUCGAGAUAGCCAUGAAUAAGUCUGAGCCCAUGACAUGGGCUCGUCUGGACCUUCCUCCCCCGCCCCCGCCCAAGGAGAAGGAGCAGGAGAAAGAGGAGACUGACAGCGAGGAUGAAGAUGAAUGAUGAGGACUCACAAACAUAGUGUGUAUUUUUAGCUCAAUCAAACGCCAUACAGUCUAUUCCUUACCUCUUCAAAGAGUCGCCUCUAUUGCUCUCUUGGAACUUUGGCCACUACUCUUGAACAUUACAGAGUUUCCCCUUUCAUUCCUUUUUUGAUUUUGCUGACGUUUUGGUUCUUUUAUUAUUCAUUAUAUAUGUUUGAAUGCUCAAAAAUCUCCCAAGUACUAAUAUUACAGUUUUUCGCUGAAGUAAUGAAUGAUUAACUGGGUAAACAUUGACGUUUAGCAGAUUUUCCAUCAAGUCAGAUGAGAACACUUGUUAAUUGCAAUACAACUACACAAUAAGAUAGGAGUCAGGUGGGACCAUGCUUAAUCUCAGACCCAUAAAGCCUUUUAUGUGGACUGCUUACAUCAAGUUAUUGUUAUGGACCACAGUUGUGAGCAUCCUCUAUGUCCUCAAUGUUUGGAAAAAAGAUUCAUUCCGUCCUGUAAUUUCAUAAAUUGUUUAAAUGAUUGCAUUGAUCAUCCACCAUUAUCACGUCAGACUGAAUGUUGCAUUUUUAUAUAUAUUUCCGUGUGUGUGACAAUGAAGCUGCUCCAUGUAGUUUGAUCUCUAAGAUGUCCACACCUGUAUAAUAAGGAUUUAUUCUGAAUAAAUUGUUAUAAGAAAUGCAACAGUUCCUUGAGACUCUUAAACUUAACAAAAUGAAGAUGUUCUCCGACUACCCCUCCCUUUUUUGCUCUAAUUUAGUUUUUUUACCUGAUUAUACCUAAUGUUUAUUUUCUACAAGUUUUGUCUCUAAACAAUCACUGCUGUAUGUAUCUCCUCGCUUCUUGUCAAAGCAACCUAGCGCAAUUUUAUAAUGAGAAUGUACUGUAAUAUCUGAGAAUGCCAAUUGAAUACAAUGUAUUUUUCAGCAAAGUGGGCCUACUGUGUUAUGAAAGGUCAUGCUAGAUCAGUGGUUCUCAACCUUUCCGAGUUGCACCCUCCCAGAAUUAUCAGGUUGGUGUUUGCGACCCCCCCCCUAGGCGUUGUCCAAUCUGUGGAUUUUUUUAUGCAUUUUGUGACAUUUUCUCUCGCUGACCCUCCUCAAGUCACUCGUGUGCGCACACACACACACACUUUGCCUUUCUUAACCACACUCAAUAAAAUAUAUUUAAAGGCAAAUAUAUCACUGCUACAGGCAAUGUAAAGUCAAAACCAUUCCACAGUCUAAAGUGAAAAUGUAUUAAUGUCAUAAUGGCGACCAGCGGUAAUUGUCUUGCGUCCAGGUUGAGAACUGCUGUGCUGGACAGCAUGCUUCAAAGGCUAUGAAUGUAUGAAUUAAAUUUGGAUGAAUGACAUCAUGACGUCUGGGUAAAAUGAUUCGGGGAACCAAUUUAUCUUACUAAAAAUCAACUUUUGUGUUGAACCUUUAAAACUGGGGUGAUAUAUAUACUGUGGAUAUUUCUCUCACACAGUAUAUGCAGACCAGGUUGUGUUAGAGUGGUAUUCAGGCCAGACUCUUCCAACAGUUGUGACCCGGUGAAACGAAACACUUCUCUGGAAUUAAAGAAGGUGUGACCUUUCAAGGGAAGACUUUGAUCCACAUGCAUCUCUGGGAAUUGCAGUGACUUUUGCAAAUGUCAGUUUUUAAAACUAUGACAUAACUUUAAGGUUAGAAUAUUGAAGUACGUCCCCGAUGCCGUGAUGUCUCAGACCUUGACAUCUAUGCAGACACUAUCACCUUUUCCUCUUUCCAGAAGCACGGCUCACACCACAAACAAUCAAUCAAUUUAAAUGUUAAUUAAAAUGUGGUUCAGUUUAACUCCCACACAAAGAUAAUAAAAGAAAGUCCCCCAAGGCAUCUGAAGAGUUUGUGUUUCUGACUCUGAAUGGCAAUUGGAUGCAUGUGUUUCUUCAUAAUGCCUGCAUACAUGACUGACGCAACAAACUGCAGAGCCUUAUAUUGAAGGUAAUCAGCUAAGUCCAUGUUAAACAUAGAGAAUAACUGUGAAAGACUUCCAUGACAGAAAGCAUCAAUGUAGCACACGCUAUGUCUGAAGUGAGCAACAAUUUACAAGUUGUGGGUGGAACAUGAUCGAAGUUUAACAUCUCUUAACCCAUUUAAAAAUGUUCUCCAUGCACAGUUUUUUACUCUUUUUUAAUACAGUUUAAAUACAUUGGCAAAAACAAAGAUUAUAGACUCAUUACAAUUAGUUAAUGUAUAAUUCACAGUGCUUUGUCAUUAAAAUUCAUAGAUGAGUGCGUCACCACACAGAGCUAGCUGUGCCUUCAGAUAGUAGUUUGGUAGUUAUGGUGUUUGGUUUCCUCCGUGUCACUGCUGCAGAUAAGUGGCUGUCUCUCUGGGAGAGCGAAUAAGUUUUUCCACGUGUUCACACGCAGCCAAGGCGACGCUCCGUAUCGCCGCUUUGCAGUUA